CAGUUGGGAGGCAGCCUCCGCCGUUGAUGGUCGAAAGGUGUAUCUCUCUCUCCUUCUGUCUCCCUCUCAGGCGCUUGGACACUGACUGAGGGCGAGGGCAAGGGGCGCCCAUGGUGCGGCCCUCAUGUCUAAGACGCUGCGGAGGAAGCGGCACUGGCUGAGCAAGGUCCAGGAGUGCGCCGUGUCCUGGGGCGGCGGCGGCGGCGGCGGAGGAGGAGGCGGAGGAGGGCCGGACCCUGAGCUCCUCCGCGGCGGCGCCGAGCGCGGAGAGUUCCCUUACCUCGCCGCCCGCUUGCCCUCUCUAGCCGAGCCCUCCGGCGGAGGCGGCGGCGGCGGCUUGGUCUUGGUCUCCGGGAAGCCGCCCUCCCCCGGGGACGUCCUGCUGGAGGUGAACGGCACCCCGGUGAGCGGCCUCACCCACCGAGACACGCUGGCCGUCAUCCGGCACUUCAGGGACCCCGUCCGACUCAAGACCGUGCGCCCAGGCAAAGUCAUUAACAAAGAUUUGCGUCACUACCUAAGCCUGCAGUUCCAGAAAGGUUCGAUUGAUCAUAAACUACAACAGGUGAUCAGAGAUAAUCUCUACUUGAGAACCAUCCCAUGCACUACAAGAGCUCCCAGAGAUGGGGAGGUCCCUGGGGUGGACUAUAAUUUUAUUCCUGUUGAACAGUUUAAGGCUCUGGAAGAAAGUGGAGCCUUGCUAGAAAGUGGGACAUAUGAUGGUAAUUUCUAUGGUACCCCUAAGCCUCCAGCUGAGCCUAGUCCAUUUCAGCCAGAUCCAGUGGACCAGGUGCUCUUUGAUAAUGAUUUUGAUCCAGAAUCCCAAAGGAAAAGAACAACAUCAGUCAGCAAGAUGCAGAAAAUGGACAGUUCCCUUCCUGAAGAAGAGGAGGAGGAAGAAAAGGAAGCUAUUAAUGGUAGUGGAAGUACAGAAAACAGAGAGAGACAUUUAGAUUCUUCUGACUGGAUGAAGCCUGUUCCUAGUUACAAUCAGACAAAUAGUUCCAUGGAUUUCAGAAACUAUUUAUCAAGGGAAGAAAACCUAGAGCCUCUGCCAAAGAACUGGGAGAUGGCCUACACAGACACAGGCAUGAUCUACUUUAUUGAUCACAACACCAAAACGACCACCUGGUUGGAUCCUCGUCUUUGUAAAAAAGCCAAAGCUCCCGAGGACUGUGAAGAUGGAGAACUUCCUUAUGGUUGGGAGAAAAUAGAAGACCCUCAGUACGGAACAUACUAUGUUGAUCAUAUUAACCAGAAAACCCAGUUUGAAAAUCCAGUUUUGGAAGCUAAACGGAAAAAACAGCUAGGACAGACUGAUGGUGGCCCUUCAAAUUCAGGACCAGUGAAGUCUUUUUUCACUCGAGACCCAUCCCAGUUGAUAGGAGCACUCAUACGGACAUCACUGAAGAAAAGCACUAUGGGAUUUGGCUUCACAAUAAUUGGUGGAGACAGACCAGAUGAGUUUCUACAGGUGAAGAAUGUAUUGAAAGAUGGACCUGCUGCACAGGAUGGCAAAAUUGCACCAGGUGAUGUAAUUGUGGACAUAAAUGGCACAUGUGUCCUUGGACAUACCCACGCUGAUGUUGUCCAGAUGUUCCAAUUAGUUCCUGUCAACCAGUAUGUGAAUAUGACUCUGUGUCGUGGAUACUCUCUUCCUGAUGAAAAUGAGGACCCUGUCAUAGAUAUUGUUACAGCUACUCCUAUCUUAAAUGGCCAGCAAAUAACAAAAGGAGAUACUUGUAUGAUCAAUCAGGAAUUAAUACCUGGAACAGUGGUUUUGGACCAGAAUGGAAAACCAGGACAUAUCUUGGUCAACGGACGCCUGAAUGGGCCUUCAACAGACCUUAAUGAACAGAGGGCUUCAGUGUCCUCUUCAGGUUGCUCUCAAGCAGAACUGGUCACAAUUCCACUAAUUAAGGGACCUAAAGGGUUUGGAUUUGCAAUAGCUGACAGUCCUGCAGGACAGAAGGUGAAGAUGAUUUUGGACAAUCAGUGGUGCCAUGGUCUUCAAAAAGGAGAUGUAAUCAAAGAAGUUUAUCAUCAGAAUGUUCAGAACCUGACACACCUGCAGGUGGUAGAAGUGUUGAAGCAGUUUCCAGUUGGAACAGAAGUGCCACUGCUUAUUCUAAGGGGAGGUCCUUCCUCACCUACUAAAACAUCCAGUGUUGUGAGUAUUGAUAAUAAAGUAGAUAAGCAGGAAAAUUCAGGAAGCCAAGAAGCCAUCAAUGAAUCAGUCCCACAUCCCAUGCCUUUUCCACCUACCGCUAUGAGGUCAGCUUCCCCAAAGCUAGACCCUUCAGAAGUUUAUCUAAAGUCUAAAACAUUAUUUGAAGAUAAACCUCCAAACACAAAGGAUUUGGAUGUCUUCCUUCGGAAGCAAGAGACAGGCUUUGGAUUCCGGGUUCUUGGUGGAGAUGGUCCAGAUCAAUCAAUCUACAUUGGAGCCAUUAUUCCACUGGGGGCAGCAGAAAAGGAUGGUAGACUCCGUGCUGCAGAUGAGCUUGUAUGCAUUGAUGGUAUCUCAGUCAAAGGGAAAUCACACAAGCAAGUUUUGGAUUUAAUGACCAGUGCAGCACGAAAUGGCCAGGUGCUUCUGACCGUUCGCAGAAAGAUCUUCUUUGGUGUAGAUAAGCAACCAGAAGAAGAGUCAUCAUCUCAAAUUGCCAUCUCCUCCCAGAAUGGAUCUCCUAGGCCAAACCGAGUAGAGUUACUCAAUAAACAGUUCCCAGAGGCAUAUGAUGUUGUGCUGCAGCGAAAGGAGAAUGAAGGGUUUGGUUUUGUGAUCCUUACUUCAAAAAACAAGCCACCACCUGGUGUGAUUCCACAUAAAAUUGGUCGUGUCAUUGAAGGGAGUCCAGCUGAUCAUUGUGGAAAACUGAAAGUAGGAGACAGAAUCUCAGCAGUGAAUGGUCAGUCAAUCAUAGACCUCUCACAUGAAAAUAUUGUGCAGCUGAUCAAAGAUGCAGGAAACACUGUCACACUCACUGUUCUUGCUGAUGAAGACCACCGUGGUCCCCCAUCAGGAACAAACUCUGCUAAGCAGAGUCCAGCCCUACAGCAUCGACCUAUUGGACCAAUAUCAGCCAACUCUGGGCCCAAUGACAGGUGUGCUACAGAAGCUGAUGCUGGAAAAGAACAAUGCAACAAUUACAAGCACUUCUCGCCAGCAGAGGGUGUUGCUUCUGUUGUAGGGAGCAAACAUUCUCAGAGCCCUGGAUGUUAUCCAGUAGAACUAGAAAGAGGUCCUCGGGGCUUUGGAUUCAGCCUUCGGGGAGGGAAGGAGUAUAAUAUGGGAUUGUUUAUUCUUCGACUUGCUGAGGAUGGACCAGCCAUUAAAGAUGGGAGAAUUCAUGUUGGUGAUCAGAUUGUUGAAAUCAAUGGGGAGCCAACCCAGGGAAUCACCCAUACACGAGCCAUUGAAUUGAUUCAGUCUGGAGGAAAUAAAGUUCUCCUUCUUUUGCGACCAGGAACCGGCUUGAUACCAGAUCAUGGUGAUCUGGAUAAUUUUAAUCCAACAUCCUCAAGUGUAACACAUGGUGAACAAACACCACUUCCCCCAUCCUCACAUUCUGCUUCCACAUCUGAAGCAUCUCAUUUGCCAGGAUCAGAAGAAGCUUUAAUGAAAGUUCAAAUGUCUGAGAAACUGGAAGAACAGAAGAACACUGUGCCUGAAAAGAAAAGCACUUUAAUGGAAGACCACUUGGAGAUUAAGAAUGCAAGUUCUGCACAAAAGAAUGUGAACAAAUGGGACCAUCCCUCCAGUCCAAGUAAUAAGGAGGUGCACAGUACUGCACAGUUAGAAAUGGAUGAUGCAGCCAGCAGAGGCAGAUCAGUGAGUCCAAAAAAGAUGAGCAAUAGUACUUUCAGAGUUCAUAAUCAAGCAUCACACAACAGUCCUAAAAAGAAUGAACCUAAAAAAACACACAAGAAUUGUUUAGACCAGCCAGAAAGUCUGAGAAUACAUGAAAAGAAGCACCUGGGAACCUCUGAGAAUACAGAUAAUGGAAAAGUCUCUGACACAGAAAAAAGAAGUAGAUCUGCCAGUCCCCAGAAAUAUCCAAAGAGAGAGAAAAGCAGAGAGAAACUGCACACAGAAGGGUUAACAGAAUUUCAGAGUAGAGCAGCUGCUGGUGAUAAAAAUGCAACUGUGCCACUAAAGGGUGAAAAACUGAAAUUAGGAGCAAUGAAGGAAGCUACUAAGCAAAACGUAUGUGGGAAGGAUGAUAAAUACCCUUCAAAGACAACAAAUACCAAGACAGUAGCGAAAUCUCUUCCACUUCCUAAGACUAAUGAACUCAGGAAGAAAAUGUUGGAAGAGAAAAUGAAAAGCACUAACCAAUUCAAAAUGGCAGGUCUUCCAGAAGAGUCACUCCGUUCUGGAGAUAAAAACACCAGACUUGAAGCAGAAGAACUUGAUGUCCUGAACAAAUUCAGAGACAAUGACUUGGAGACAGCUGAUAAAACCAAAGAGGAUGGAAUUGUCAAAUCUGAGAGCAGAUAUCCAGUGAGGAAACCAAUAACUCCUGGACCUUGGAAGGUACCAAGUGCAAGUAAAGUCACAAAAGCAACAGGUUUGACUGACAAACGGGUUUGAUGGAGACUUUUUUAGAAGACAUUUUAAUCAGGUUUAUAAUUUGGUCAUUUAAAUGGUUUUCUGUUUCAUAAAACUAUCUUUUUUUCAGUCACUGUGAUUGACAGAAUGGAUGGACGUUGAUUUGAUCAUAGUUAGGCUGCAUGAAGGACUUUUUGGAUUGCAUAUGAGAAACUCUCUUCAAAUGCUGCUGUCCUUUUGUCCCCUUUGAAGAUGGUGUCCUGCUGUCCCUGAUGUUGCACUGCUAAGGCUUUCUUGAUAGUAUUGUGGGUUAAUGAACAACAUUAUUUAAUGCCUAUUAUUAGUGUAAUCAUGAUUCACUACUUGUUCUUGUGCCAAGUUAUCUACUGUAUCCUGUUGAAUCUUCUGUUUUCCUCUUCCACAGGAAAGGAAAAAUUUUUGUCUCAAAAUUGAGUGUUUACUCAGGCAUGCUGCAUGUUUACAUAGUUCUGAGUUCUCACUGAAGCAAGAAGUUGGGUGGCCCUUGUUCUUUUGGCUCCAAGGAGUCAGGGAGCAAAUAUGCCCUGAAGCCUUUUUCACACAGUUCUUUCCUCUCCUGUCUCAGCCACUUAACUACAAACAGGACAGAGUCCCUUCAUGUAUAUGUGAUACAUUGCCGUUUUUCUCUCUGACAAUUUUGUUUAAACUGUUGAUGCCAACUUAAACAGAUGAUACAAAUUCAGGUCUGAAAGUUGUGCAGUUUUGAAUCGCUUACAAAAGAGAAUGCUAUCCAUUUCAGUGAGACUGCAUGGGAGUAAAUAUUUUCAGGGUUGCCAUCAAAUUAUUUCCUUCUCCUCCUCCUUCUUUUGAACACUUUCACAUUAGAAAUUAAAUGUUCAGAGAGUGCAUAUGCUUCCAAGCUUUCUGUCAUGCUGUCUGUGAGAAUUUCCCAUCUGUUGUUUAGCUGUUCUUUUGCUUAAUGCUGGCUAAACAUUUGAAAAUUUCCUGCCUUGCCUGAAAAUUUAAGAUCGUAGAUUAUAGCAAGUAAGCCAGAACUAAUCCAAGCUCAUCUUUUUUAAUGAGUCAUCUUUGCUUGUGCCUGUUAGUAGAAGCCUGUUAUAUUUUCUUUCCUUAUUUGUACAUACAUUAGUUUCUAUUUUUAAAUAGAGUCCAUGAAGCAUAUCUCGUUUGCUUCUGCAUGUGUACACAUAGGAAUAGUGAGGACUAUUGAGCACAUUUGCACCUCACAUAUGUAGGUAAUGAGAGUGAGCUGUUGACAGGGUGGAAGAACUGGAAUUCAUUGGGCUUUAAAUAAGGCAAAGCAAUACAACUGGUUUUCUUUGAAUGAGCCUGGGUGGUUGCUGACUUGGUUUAAACCACAGCCAAGCUGAAAGAUCACUUUGUGGAUCAGAUCAGAUUUUUCAAAUGUUUUUAGUUAACCUUCCUAAGCAUAAAUGAAAAAUUACACUAAAAACGUGACUAGGUAAAGAUUUUAACAUCCCCUUUAUCAGGCUGCUUUCAUAUAGGUUUUAAGUCUGUUAUUAUUUUUACCUACUUUUCAGCCUCUUCUCUUCGGUUUCAUUUUCAUCUUAAACCUGUUUUUUUCAUCCCGCUCUUUUUGGCCUUUUAAACUGUAGAGAUGAUUUCUGAAACAUGUAAGGGUUAAAGAUAGAACUAUCACUGCCUAUUAUAUAUAUGUAUGUCUAUCCAUUUGUAUGUUCCACCACAGUUUCUGGUUAAUCAGUUUUAUGUUUUGGCUAGAAUCCUCUUUGACAUUAGAUCAGUGCUGAUGGUUGUUCUUCAUAAAUGUUUGCAAAAGGAAGUAUUUAUUAGCCCCAGCCCACCCCAUUUAAUUGCCUGCAGCACAUUUGGGCCUGGGUUAAAAGCUGGUUGCAUAGGCACAGCCCAGUGCUUGGAAUGAUCAGCAGAAUGUCACAGCUGAAUCUUGGACAGCUCCUUUCAUGCAAGUACAUCAAUAGAACUUUGUUUGUUAUUACUGAACAGGAUCUUGGCCAUUGUUUAAUGUUUCAGGGAAAGCCAAAAUUGUUUCACAGUAGCAUCAUGACAACAGAGCAAAUAACUGUUACCACUUCUAAGAACUAUGCUGCUCCUAACUGUCUUCUCCCCUUCCCUCCACAAUAAAGUACAAUAGCAUCCAAAAGCCAUAAAAGAGUGAUACCUUUAUUCGGACAUAUAAAAUAUAUAUGUUGCAAGCUUACAAAGCUCCACUUGUUUCUUCAUCAGGCAAAAGUAUUAAAUAUAAUACAGGAGGGGGGAAAUUGUUGUUAGUCACAGGCCUACAUUUUGUCAGGAUGUUGGUGUAGUUGUUCUAAGUAUUGAGGGAUAUCUGUGAUGGCAAGCCACUUCUUUUGGCCAUGUGGUACUGGGAAACAAAGUACAGUGAGACAUUACCAUCCAUGGGCUUGCAUUUGCAGAUUUGAGCAUCUGCGGAUGGCAAGCCCUAUUGUUCUCAAUGGCUGCAUGCACUUUGUGCUACCAUUAGCAACAAUGAGAUUUGAAAUCCCAUGUUUUUUUGUGUCCACAGGAGGAUCCGGAAUAUAUACCCCCUUGAUAUGAAAGCCCGACUGUAUUUUAAAAUCCAGGGAAUUUAUAUUCCAUUAACAAAAUUUUAAUUUCCUGGCCUUUAAAAUACUUUUUCCCAGUACCACAUGGCUAGGAGGAGUGGCCUGCCUGCAUAGAUAUCCCUCCAUAUUCAGAACACCAACACCCUGACAAAAUGCAGGCCUGUCGUCAGUUUCUUUUUUCCCUGUAUUAUUUUUAAUACUUUUGCCCGGUGGAGAAGCCAGUGGAGCUUUGAAAGCUUGUGACAUAUAUUUUAUACAUUUUGGUUACCCCAAUAAAAGUAUAGCUGUUUUUGUAGAUUUUGGAUGUUGUUGUACUUUGCUACAUGGCUAACACAGCUACCCCUGGAUAUGUUCCCACUGUAAUAAUAUAGGUUGUGUCUCCAUCCACUAUUUAAUAUUUAAUAGCAAUAGCAAUAGCAGGUACAAUUCUAUACUGCUUAUCUGUGCACUUAAGCACUCCCUAAGCGGUUUACAAUAUGUAAGCUAAUUGCCCCCAACAAUUUUAGCGACAUUGGAAGGA